UUUCAGUGUUCGGCACAGACUUAUCAUACCCGACUCCACGACUGUGCGGUGAUUGGUCGGGGUCAGUUUUGGCAGAGGAACGCGAAAUCUCAAAACACCGAAAUGGAUUCUGAAUGAAGUGGCCAGUCCCGAGGGAAGCAAUGAAGACGGUUUUCUUCCUGUUGAUCACCGCCGCGGCGUACGCGUCCAACGGGCCGCCUUGCGAGAACGACAUCUACUGUUACGGGGACAUCCUUCACACGGUCCAGAUCAACGAGAUCUUCAAAGACUCCAAGUCUUUCGUGGACAUGAAAAUCAAGACGAGCCCCGAGGAGGUGAAGAGCAACUUCAGGAAGCUGAUGGAGGCGACUAAGGGAGUCCCCCCGGUGGAGGAUAUCAAAAAGUACGUGAACGAUAAUUUCGAACCUCCGGGGAGCGAGUUCGUUGAAUGGUCCCCGGCCGACUGGAAGGAGUACCCAAGGUUUCUCGACACCGUGAAUGACGCCGAUCUGAGGAAAUGGGGCUUCGACCUGAACCAGAUCUGGAAGAGCUUAGGUAGAAAAAUCACUGAGAACGUCAGGGAGAACAGCCAGCUCUACUCUAUCAUAUAUCUACCCUAUCCGUUUAUCAUCCCCGGAGGGCGGUUCAGGGAGGUCUACUAUUGGGAUUCUUACUGGGUGAUAAGAGGCCUUUUGGAGAGCGAGAUGUACUCUACUGUGCGAGGCAUGCUUUCCAACUUCGUCCAUCUUAUCAAGACCGUCGGUCUGAUACCGAAUGGCGGCAGGAUCUACUACGUCAACAGGUCUCAGCCGCCUCUUUUCAUACCCAUGGUCGAGACGUAUUUCGCAACCACGAAGGACUUGACUUUCAUAAAAGAGCACAUCGGCGAAAUGGAGAAGGAGUUCGACUUCUGGAUGACGAACAGGACGGUCAGAUUCGAGAAAGACGGCGUCGUCUACAAGAUGGCUACCUACAACGACUUCUCCGACGGGCCCAGACCGGAAUCCUACAAGGAGGAUUAUAAUUUGGCAAAGAGCAUCCAAGAUGAAGAUGACAAAAACAAAUUUUAUUCGCAUUUGAAAGCCUGCGCCGAAACGGGAUGGGAUUUCAGCACGAGGUGGUUCGUCACCAACGGAACCGACGAUGGGUCCCUCUUGGAUUCGAAGGCAAAAAGUAUCGUUCCCGUCGACCUCAAUUCGAUUUUAUAUAAGAACGCCGACAUAUUAGCAGAUUUUCAUCACAUACUGGGUAACUGGGACAAGGAGGCGCAGUACAGGAAAAUCGCCGCCGAGUGGUUGACGGCCGUCACCAAAGUGUUGUGGAACGAACAGACGGGAGCUUGGCUGGAUUACGAUAUCAAAAACGGAUUGAAGAGGGAUUUCUUCUACCCGACCAACGUCGCGCCGCUGUGGACCAACUGCUACGAACCAGAGAAAAAAGAUUAUUACGUCAGCCGAGUGGUCAAGUACUUGAAGAAAAUCGAUUACCCAGGCGGAAUACCGACUACCCUGAAGCACUCGGGAGAGCAGUGGGACUACCCGAAUGCCUGGCCCCCGCUCCAGCACAUGGUAAUUACGGGCCUGGAACAGACGGGCGACAAGGAGGCCCAGGAGCUCGCCUUCUCCCUCGCCGAGAAGUGGGUACUCAACAACUACAAAGCGUUCAACGACUCGGGCCACAUGUACGAGAAGUACGAUUCCGUUGUGGUCGGAAAAGGGGGUGGCGGAGGCGAGUACGAGGUACAACUCGGCUUCGGCUGGUCCAACGGAGUCAUCAUGGAUCUCCUGUCCAUGUACGGCCAUAGGCUGUCCGCCUCACCGGAAGAGGCCAAAGCGGGCGCCGUCUCUCUCGCCCUGUCGACUGCGCACAUCGCACCUUUGAUCACCUUGGUCCUGGCACAGACGACCCUCGCCGCAGGAUGCGUCGCAGCCAUCCUUUACGCCAAGAAGAUCCUCCCGAGGCCAACCGGAUACCUCUACACCAGGAUACCCGAUUAAACGAACCAUACCUACAAUCCACAAAUUUCAAAUGCAUGUAAAUAUGACUACGGCACUGAAUGUAAAUAUAGUUUUAAGUGCUUAACUCUAAAAAGUGUGAUAUAUUAUUGUAAACCGGCUUCAAAUAUCCUCGCCGGCGAGAAUUUGUUAAGCCGGUUGCGAAUUUUCGAUAAUGCGAUAUAACAUCGCAUGCCAAGUGUUUUUCUUUUAGUUCAACGACAUUAGAACUAAUGUCCUAAUAUGUAUAGUAUAUUAUUAAAAUGUUGUAAUACUGAUUA